UAACAUUUCUUUAUUUCCACACAAUUCACAUUCACAUACAUGAAAAUUAUUCUGUCAUCUUAAUUGCAAUUUUUUUCGCUUCUUUUUUCCGUUUCUUUAACUUUUUCAUCUCUUUCUUUACCUUUCUCUUGAACAAUCAAGAUUUUCCUCGAUUUGUUGAUCUGCUUUUACCUCAAAACGAGCUCUUGGUUGAUCUCUACUCUCGGAAAUAUUGGGGCUGUGAUGAGCUGCUUAUGGCCGAAAUUCUCAAUCAGAAGAUUUCAAGAAUCGAAUUUUGAUGAGAUGGGCUGCUUUGAAUGGAUAGGAACACGCUUCUGAUGGUCGAAUUUCACGUAUAUUGAGAUAUAUAUAGAGUAGCUAGAGAAUUUAAGUGGGUUCUUUUUUUUUCUUUUUUUUUUUGGAGAGUGAGUGGGUUGAAAAAUGAGGUGUUUUUCCUGCUUCGGAUCAUCGAAGAAGGAAGGAAAUAAUGGUGGCAAUGGAGACAAAGAAGAGUCAAAGAAGGAUUCUGCUAAAGAGGGCUCAUCAGCUCAGUCCAAUUCCAAUGUAAAUAGAGUGAAUUCAGAUAAAUCAAGAUCUCGGACUGGUAAUGAUUCUAAGAAGGAAAUGCCAAUAUCGAAAGAGCCAAAUAUAGCUGCUCAAACAUUCACAUUUCGCGAGCUUGCUGCAGCAACAAAGAACUUUAGACCAGAGUCCUUGCUAGGUGAAGGUGGGUUUGGACGUGUUUACAAAGGUCGACUAGAAAGCACGGGACAGUCCGUUGCAGUUAAACAGCUUGAUCGGAAUGGCCUUCAAGGGAAUCGAGAGUUUUUGGUGGAGGUUCUCAUGCUUAGCCUCUUGCACCAUCCAAAUCUUGUCAACUUGAUCGGGUAUUGUGCUGAUGGUGACCAACGUCUUCUAGUAUAUGAGUACAUGCCAUUGGGAUCGCUGGAAGAUCAUUUACACGAUCUUCCACCAGAUAAAGAACCUUUGGACUGGAAUACAAGGAUGAAGAUAGCUGCUGGUGCAGCAAAGGGAUUAGAAUACUUGCACGACAAAGCGAAUCCACCAGUCAUAUACAGAGACCUGAAAUCUUCUAAUAUUCUUCUUGAUGAUGGAUACUUCCCAAAGUUGUCCGAUUUCGGGCUUGCCAAACUGGGCCCCGUUGGGGAUAAAACUCACGUCUCUACGAGGGUGAUGGGGACGUAUGGUUAUUGUGCCCCGGAGUAUGCUAUGACUGGUCAGCUCACCCUAAAAUCCGAUGUCUACAGUUUCGGAGUCGUCUUUCUUGAAAUCAUCACGGGACGAAAGGCUAUCGACAACAUGAGGAGUGCAGGGGAGCAUAACCUCGUCGCAUGGGCGAGACCGCUUUUCAAGGACCGGAGAAAGUUCCCGAAAAUGGCAGAUCCUCUACUGCAAGGCCGCUACCCGAUGCGUGGACUCUAUCAGGCACUAGCAGUGGCAGCCAUGUGCUUGCAAGAGCAAGCUGCGACGAGGCCUCUAAUCGGUGAUGUUGUUACUGCUUUGACAUAUUUGGCAUCGCAGAGUUAUGACCCUAACGCAGCACCAGGCUCCCAGAGCAGAGGAGACUCGUCUACGCCGAGGUACAGGGAUGCACGUAGGAAUAUAUCCAAUGCGGACAGCCUGGAAGACAUGGGGCGUGGAGGCCACUACAGCUCACCUUCCGCGCACAAGAACUCUCCUGAUUACAGGAGGAGAGACUCGCCCGGAGACUUCAAUGCUGGUGCAGAGCUGAAAAGGAUCGAAACAGGGGCCGGGUCCGGGUCCGGGUCUGGCCGGAGAUGGGGCACGGACGAGCCGGACGGCCCCGAUUCUCAACGGGAGAGCCCCGCCAGUGGCGGUCGAACGAGAGAGACUCCGAAGAACCGGGACCUGGACAGGGAGCGGGCCGUUGCUGCCGCCAAAGUGUGGGGGGAGAACUGGAGGGAGAAGAAGCGGACGAACCCCCCAGGAGACGACACGUGUGAAUAAACAUCCUUUGAAUCUGUCAGCCUCUGUUGGGAAUGGAUCACAUCCACAUCCAUUGUUACCAGGUAUGGCUGGCCUCACUUGACUCUGAAACCAUUCGGCGUUUGGCCGGAGGAUUUUGCGAAAGGCGAUAGGGCGAGUUUAUAGUUCCGAUGGAAGGCUACAAUAUAUUGAUGAGCCUUUGUGGAUUUUUUCGUGUAUGAGAUGGGAAUUGCAGUAAUGGUGUAUGGAAAAUGUUGGUUGAUUCGAUUAUGUAGCUAUAGGGAGAAUAUGUUUGUCUAAAUGGUUUUUUGGCUCUCAUGUUUGUCUGUGUUUCAUGGAGGUUAAAAAUGUCCAAUCUUGUUUAGUCCACACACUUGCCAAUAUGUGAGUGAGUUUAGCUAUGCUUUUCGGCUUAUGGAAAGGAAUUUGUGUUGAUUAAUUCAAAUCUUUCUUUUCGGAA